UGAUAUGCGCACUUAUUUUUCACUCUCUCGUAAAAGGGAGACAAACACAUUUGUAUUUUAUUAGACAAGUAUUUCCCAAAACAAAUACGACACACUUCAAUAAACGUGUUUGAAAGACGUAAAUAUAUGAGAUAAAGUGUGAAACAGAAAGUCACAAGAUGUUCUCGCCCGGCUCCGGUUGAGACUGACAGUUACGCCGUCGAAUGAACGCAGGUUCCGGGGACAAAUCUCCAACCGCAGACAGCGAAGGGAGGGACUCUGUCGUUUCAUAACAACGCCUUCACUUCUUUUAUAAACAAGUGUUCUGACUGACCUGGGUGAGAGUAUGUCUGACUGGGGAUACUAUCGAGUUAAAUCAUGAUCCAGGAGGUUGUCUAAAAAGGGAACAUCACAGCCCCCAACCCAAGAUGACAGGCCUUUUCCUUGUGGAGCCGGUGGUGGCUCUGUAUGCUUUCUCCAGUUUCCUCAUCUAUCCUCUUGUGCAGCAGUAUGUGUACCGGAGGCUGUGGGAGCAGCUGACAAACACCACCUAUCCCGUUUAUGACAAUACCUCCAGAUGUGCAAACAGCAGCAGCAGCGAGUCCUCCUUCCAUAAGGAGGUACAAAAGGAGGCUUCUCUCUUCUCCCUCUACUCUGAGCUCUUCUCCACUGUCCCCUCUUUGAUCGUCACCCUCAUGCUUGUGGCGUACAGCGACCGCGGCGGACGCAAGAUCACCAUCAUCAUGCCGUUGAUCGGCACGUUGCUCUACACCUUAACCUUCCUGGCGGUGUCCUUCUUUGAGCUCAACCUUUACCUGCUCAUCGGCUCCUCCAUCCUCAGCUCUCUGUUCGGCGGCCUGGGCACAUUCCUUGGGGGCUGUUUUGCGUACAUUGCAGACUUGUGCAAGGAUGAUAAACAGAAGACGCUACGCAUGGCUGGUGUGGACAUGAUGAUUGGCCUUUUGUCCGGGCUGGCCGCCAUAUCUACAGGCUACUUCCUGAGAGCCGCGGGCUUUAACUGGCCGUUUGUAACCUCAGCUUUGUGUCAGUGUGUGAUCCUGCUUUAUGCCGUUUUCAUCCUGGAAGAGACUGUGAAGAAACCUCCCAGAGAUGCCGGCGCUGUAGACGGAUCUCCUCAGCCUUCAGCCUUGAAACAGAUGUUAUACGGGGUUUACCAGAUGUUUGCAGGGGCCAGCCACAGGUGUAAAACUGUCCUGGUCCUCCUGAUGCUCAUCUUCACCAGCUUCACCUUUGCCUACAUGGGAGGGGCCUCCCUGGUUACUCUGUUUGAGCUGAAUGAACCUCUGUGCUGGACGGAGAUUCUGAUUGGCUACGGCUCAGCUCUUUCCACCACUGUGUUCCUGACCAGUUUCGUGGGGGUGUCAGCGUUCACUUACUGCGGUGUGCCAAAGCUGUUUAUAGUCCUGAUAGGGAUCCUGUCCGUCUUAUCCGGCAUGAUCCUAUUGGGAUUCACUAAGACCACUUUAUCCAUGUUUCUAGUGCGGGUUCCAAUGUUAUUCGCUAUCAUGCCUUUCCCUGUUCUGCGCGCCAUGAUGUCAAAGAUCAUCUCAAAGUCUGAGCAGGGAGCCUUGUUUGCCUUUCUUUCCUUUGUGGAGAGUUUAACCAACAAUGUAUCCUCAGCUGUAUUCAACAGUAUCUAUGCUGCAACAGUGGCAUGGUACCCCGGAUUUGUCUUCCUGUUGUCUGCAGGACUAUGUGCCAUCCCUUUGUUUUUCCUUGGGGUGGUGGUGCUGACUGGAGUAGAUGUUCCAGCUCAGGGAGAUAAAACGGAGCCUGUCCACUCAGGGGAGGAGGAUCCUGUUGAAGACGUGAAUGAAAAUAGUCCUCUUCUUCACUGAGCCAAACGGACUGCAAAAAGCUCACCAGCACUUUUUUAAGUUUUUACAUCCUCAUUUAUUCUUGUUACUUUGCCUCAAAGCAUCUCAGUGACUCUCGUCUUCAGAGGUUCAUAUUUCAGGAUUAAGAUGCAUCUCUUUGGAUUUGUUGCAGUGGAUGUUUUGACUUUUAAACUUGAUUAUUACAGAAAAAAGGGAACACAUUUUUUUUACAAGGACAUUGUUGCAUUAGCCAUACAUGCUAUGGUUGUAGCAUAAAGCAUUUCAAUGAACAGAUGUUAUAAGUGUGCAUCAAAUCUAAGAGGUAGUCACUUCUGCAUAGGAUGUGAGCAGUCUUAGAUGUUUUUAUGUCUCAAAGUGGCUCUACUGUGGAAUUAACACAUUCAGGGAAAUGUGUUUUCACACACUGUGUGAUAUGAUUGCAAUUUUUAAAACAUGUUUUCAGAGUUCCUGAAACUAAUUUUGGUGAGUUUGACUUUUUGUUUUCUCACAUUUUCCUCUAAUUCAGUGCAAAGUUGAGUGAUGUUUUUAAAACUAUCCCUGCUGGCACUUAAAUUUAAGAAAAUAAUUGAAGCAAUGCACCAAACAUGCAAUACAUCUCAAACCACUUCUGUUACUUGACGUCAAGUUUCUUUAUAGUUUUACCAAAUUACAUUCUAUGGGAUGAAUUUGGUUUAAUAAAACCUACAUUCAGUCUUACAAAAUAUCAUAGCAUAUGUAUGCUAUACAUUUCACAUGACUUAAAACUGUUGAAAUAGUAACCCCUAGAGAGAGGGAGGGGUUUUUAAAACCAUUUCUGAAACCAGUUUUACAAAUGAAUGUUAUAGUUACGCUCUACUCUACUGGUCUGCUAACCUGAGGGAUCAUGAAGAAGGAACAGACUGAAACAGGAUCCUCGUGAUGGAAAAAGCUUAUAUAAUAAAAGAGAUAAAUAAAGUUGCAAUAAUUAAAUUACCAUUUCAAUGCUUUUGAAGUGUGAGUUGGUUGUGAAUAUGAGGGACAAUGAUGACCAUAUUUUAUCAGAGUGUGUUUUUGUGUGAGGAAGACAGAGUUAGUCGGUUGUAGGCGUCAAAAAUAGAAUUAAAAAAUAAAUGGGUGUUUGAAAUUGUUUUGGGAAUAAACUGCUCAAAGUUAUAUCGCCUUUGCUCUGCCAAAAUUGAGAUUUUUUGACGGAAAAAACUCAGAUGAAAAUUAAUCUAGUUGGUAUUUCUUAUCUGACUUGAUUUCAAAUGUUGAACAUUGGAUUUUUUUUCUUUUUUUCCCUUAUAAAACUAAUAAUCCAACAAAUCAAAUGACAGCGUUAUAGAUUUGCGACAUAUUUAGUUUUCACUUGUGAUAUGUUUCAUUUAUAUCUUUUUUAUGCCUUUGUAUUGGUACAAUGAAAAAUAAAAUAAAUUGUGUGAAGAACUGUC